CAUCAAACGCGAUACCGAACCAGACGUUGAAUAUUUUCAUUACUUUCACGAUUAAAAAAAGAGACGAAAGAGAUGAUAAAUGCAGCGAUUUUGACCACGACGGACAAAGAGAGAGAGAGAAGGACGCUAAAUGACACCGUCAUCAAAGAGCCAGAGAAUCUUGUUAAAAAACGGACUUUCAAGAGCCUGGUGGCCGAGUUGGAAAUCGGUGUUUCCUCGGCUCCUAUCUAGGGAUCCAUCUGGGAUCAGGAGUGGGAGGACUGCGGGAUCUUUGACCUCAUCUGUGAGGAUGGAGCAGGCGCAGGGCAAAGUUCACAAGUCAGUGGCGGGACUGGAAGCGGGAGAGGAGGACUAAAGAAGGCGCCGAAUGAAUAAGGGAUUGCAAAGACAGGAAGGAGGAGAAGAAGAACGGCGAGCACUUCCUACUUCCUGCUGUCCAUCAGAGGAAGAAGGAAGAGGAGCAAGCGAGGAGAAGGUCCACUGACCUCUGACCUCCUUACGCCCUCCGCCCUUUGACCCCCUCCAAGUCCGACAUGUACGGACUAAAGACGCCGCACUUCUACCUCCCAGGCAUGAGCCAUGAGUCCACCAAGUCUCCGUCAUUAGGAAUGGUCUCCACGGCGACGAGAACCACGGCCACAGUCAGUCCCCUCAGCCCACUGACCAAUGGGAGCGCGCUCGCCCAGUCUGCUAACUCAGGAUUCGCCGCCGCCCUGCGCAAACUGGCCAAACAGGCAGAGGACCCCCGAGGUUCCGCCCACAGCGGCGAGUCGUCGCCCGUCUCCUCGCCAGCCACCAGCCACAGCUCGCCGGUCACCACCCCUAAACGGGCGUCCCUGGGGCCCCUCCUAGCCCAGUCCAGGAGCCACCCUGCUGUACCCAGCGCCGCCCCCGUGGUCACCAUUGCACCCAGCAAGACCAGCAACGGCCUGUGGAGGACCGACGGACGACUGGCCGAGCCCAGCGUCCACAGGCCGGGCAGGGCGGAGCGAGCGGUCACCUCCGCAGAGACCGCCCAUCCCCAGCAGGACAGGAGGACCCCGCCCGUCGCCCCGCUCCACCCGCUGGCGCACCCCUUCGGCCUCACCCCCAGCUCCGUCAUGCAGGACCCGCGCAUGCAGAGCCUCAGUCUACCUGGGCAGAUGCACCCUGCCGUCCCCUCGGGCGCCGUCCCCGAGGAGUACCUGAGAGCGCUGCGGCCCUUCGCCACUCCAGACGACCUCAGACUGACGUCCGUGCCGCUAAAUCUGGACCCCGGCCUGGCCGCUCACGCCGCCGCCUACUACCACCCGGCCUUCAUGCACCACCGCCUGUCUCUGCCCAGGAUGGAGGAGUCCUUGUGCAUGUCAGCCUUGCGCUCGCAGUUUUACUCCGUGCCUGCAGGGGGAGCCUUCUCUUCCCUGCAUCCCUCUGGCCUGCACCUACACCUGCCUGGAGGUCGCUACCCUGGGGAGAUGAACCACAGUGUGCUGGUCGAGAGGCUGCAGAUGGAGAACGAGCUCCGCCAGCGCGAGAGGGAGCAGGAGCGCGAGCGGGAGAAGGAGAGGGAGCGCGAGGAGAAGGAGAGGGAGGAGGAGCGGGAGAGAGAGCUGCUGGACAGACAGAAGGAGAGGCAGAGAGAGAGACAGCAGCACAUGGUCCGGGCGGCCGAGAGCCACGCCUACCUGGCCGAGGUGGCGCCUCGCAGGGCACCGCUGGAGGAGAGAGCCCGGCCGGGCGAGAGGCUGACCCCCAACAGACACGAUAAGCCAAAGGAGGCGGAGCCCCAAGGUUUCCCAGCACAUAAACCCCUCCCCUUGAACUUCCACUCCUCCAGGGGCUCCGUCCCGCACCCCUUGCCCAGCCUGGUGCCCUCUCACCUGGGUAAGCACCACGCUCCGCCCGGGGGUGGCAUCCACGGGGCCCUGGCGUCGGCCAUGAUGUCUCAGAGGGCCAACGAGGAGGCGUGGCUCGCACGGCAGCGAGGACAUGAGAGGGAGGGGCCGACGGAAGCGAAGGAGCCUCGGAAAGACAGCCAUAGAACAGCCCACCAUCACCAUAGCAACAAAGAUGGAGGACCUGCCCUCGGUGCCCCCCCUCCUCUCAUCUCCCCCAAAGCUGCUCUCGCUCCUCCAACCACGCUCUGGAACCCAGCCUCACUCGUGGACUCCUCCGCCGAUUCCCGUCGAAAAGCCACCCCGCCUAUCCGGCCUCCCCCGGGUCUGACCAGGGCCGACCGACCCCGCCUGAGCUGGGGCGACAAGACGGAGGAGGGCUCCAGAAGGAGGACGGAGGCCCCCGAGCGAUGCUUGCCAACGAGAGGAGGCGGUUCCCAGGACCUCCUCCUCCAGCGCCAUCACGCCAACAACAACAACCUCCACCUGACGCUGUGCGCGCCUCUGUCCGACCCCGCCUGGCGUCACACCACCUCGGCCAAGCGCAGAGACGACUCGCUGGUGUACGACCAAGUCCUCCAGCAGCAUCGCAGGCUCCUCAGCAAGCUGGACAUGGAGGAGAAGAGGAGGAAGGAGGCCCGGGAAGGAGGCUACUACUACGACUUGAACGAGUCGUACGACGAGAGCGACGAGGAGGAAGUCAAAGCCCACCUGAGGAGAGUGACGGAACAACCUGCGCUCAAACUGGACACUUCCUCUGAGAAGGUGGACUUCCUGCACACGUGCGGCCUGGUCCCGCUGGCCCGCUGCGACGAGAUCCUGCAGCGCAAGAAGAGGAAGAGGAGGAGGAUGCUGAGGGAGCGAAGCCCCUCGCCGCCGGCCGUGCAGGGCAAGAAGAGGGCCUCGCCGCUCACCACGCCGUACACGGCCGAGCAGAUGGACGGCGCCCCCGAGCUGCCGGAGAAGAAGGACUUCCUCCGCAUGUUCAAGCUCGCCCAUGUCAGCCCCAAACAGAGACGAGAUAAGGAGAAGACGGAAGGGCUGCUGAAGGCCAUACAGAAGAACAUCGUGACGCUGGACACGCUCCGAUAUAACGCCGCACCGCCAUGUAGCAGCCCGCUCAGGACAACAGGCGAGUCCUCGUCAGCCCCGCCUACUUCCUGUCAGUCAAACGGACAUCUUUACCCCGACUCCCCCAGCCCCUCCCCUCCCAAUGUACACAAACAGAAGCACAAGCAGCCCACUGGGUGGGCAGCGUCGCCCUUGGCCUCCCGGGGGGAAAAGGCAGCGUUCACAGAACCCAACAAGAAGCACCAGCUGGUCCACAACGGUCACGUCGCAGUCGCUCCUCAGAAGAAGGACCAGAACGGUCGAGUCCGGCCCUGGGAGAGGUUCACGCCCGAGGCCUUUGCUCAGCAUUUCCACCAGGCGGUGCUGCAGUCCACACACCACAAAGAAGGAGUGCCAAGCUGGCUCCCUGAGGCGUCUCCGAUCAAAGCGCCGCACGCUAGCCACGCCCCUCCGCACGCCAACGGCCAUCACCUCCAUUUUCCCCGGACCAGUCGGGAUGCAACGUCUCCUCGGGAAGACUUGACUGAUGAUGAUGAUGAAGAGGAGGUGGAGGAGGAAGACGACUCAUCCGGGCAGGAGGAAGAUGAGUUGGAGGCUCCAAGGAAAUGGAAAGGCAUUGAAGCCAUUUUUGAGGCCUACCAGGAGUAUGUGGAUGACCGCGGCGUGGAGAGGCAGGUUCUUCACAAUCAGUGCAAAAGACUCGAGGCGCAGAACUUCAACCUGACCAGAACCGCUGAGCAACUUUCCAACACCAUGGCGGAGCUGGUGAGUCAGAGACAGCGGGCGCGGGAGGAGCGGGACAGACUUCAGGCCCAGCUGGAGCACUUCAGGAGGUGUCUCACGCUACCCAGCAUGCACUGGGGCCGGGGGCAGGUCAACGGGCACGCGCCCAGGUGACCUCCCCUCACAUUGGACUGAAGGACCGCUUUGCACUUACAGAACCUGACGGACGUCCAGGUCCAGAGGCUGGACUCACGUGUUGCCGUGGCAACCGUCGUCCUUUUUACGAAUUCUCCCCAAGGGUCGUAGCUGUGCAACAUCCAGUUUUACAGUGGGGCUAAAAAGUAUUUAGUCAGCCACCGAUUGUGCAAGUUUUCCCACUUAAAAUGAUGACUACACUUCAACUGUGAGAGACAGAAUGGGGGAAAAAAAUCCAGGAAUUUUAAAUAAUUUAUUCGGAAAUUAUGGUUGGUUACUUCAAACAAGGAAGAUCUCAGGCUCUCACAGACCUGUAACUUCUUCUUCAAGAAGCUCUUCUGUCCUCCACUCGUUACCUGUAUUAAUGGCACCUGUUUGAACUCGUUAUCUGUAUAAAAAGACACCUGUCCACAGCCUCAAACAGUCAGACUCCAAACUCCACUAUGGCCAAGACCAAAGAGCUGUCGAAGCACACCAGGAAAAGAAUUGUAGACCUGCACCAGACUGGGAAGAGUGAAUCUACAAUAGGCAAGCAGCUUGGUGUGGAAAAAAAUCAACUGUGGGAGCAAUUAUCCACUAAUAAUCUCCCUCAAUCUGGGGCUCCACGCAAGAUCUCAUCCCGUGGGGUCAAAAUGAUCAUGAGAACGGUGAGCAAAAAUCCCAGAGCCACACGAGGGGACCUGGUGAAUGACCUGCAGAGAGCUGGGACCAAAAUAACAAAGGUUACCAUCAGCAACAUACUACGCCGACAGGGAAUAAAAUCCUGCAGUGCCAGACGUGUCCCCCCUGCUUAAGCAAGUGCAUGCCGGGCCCGUCUGAAGUUUGCCAGAGAGCACAUAGGAGAAUGUCAUGUGGUCAGAUGAAACCAAAAUAGAACUUUUUGGUAUAAACUCAACUCGUCGUGUUUGGAGGAAGAAGAAUACUGAGUCGCAUCCCAAGAACACCAUACCUACUGUGAAGCAUGGGGGUGGAAACAUCAUGCUUUGGGGCUGUUUUUCUGCUAAGGGGACAGGACGAUUGAUCCGUGUUAAGGAAAGAAUGAAUGGGGCCAUGUAUCGUGAGAUUUGGAGCCAAAACCUCCUUCCAUCAGUGAGAGCUUUGAAUGGUUGACCAAAUACUUAUUUUCCACCAUAAUUUACAAAUAAAUUAUUUAAAAUUCCUGGAUUUUUUUUCCACAUUCUGUCUCUCCCAGUUGAAGUGUACCUAUGAUGAAAAUGAAAGACCUCUGUCAUCAUUUUAAGUGGGAGAACUUGCACAAUCUAAAUACUUUUUAGCCCCACUGUAUAUAAUAUUUAUAUAUAAUACAGAGUUAGUUAGACUCAGAGCACACCUCAGGCCUUAAGGAUGCACUUAAACAUGGAAUAUUUGCAGAAACACAUUUUUUCACUUUUUAACUUCUGUCAGCCAAGUCACAAACAAGCAUCAACCAUCGACGGCCAGUGGUUUUUUUUUGCCCUUUUAAUAACAAGUUGGUCAUUGGAAUAGAUGAGUUUUCUAAAAAUUUUCGCAAAUAGAAUUGAAAAGAACAAGAAAAUGAAGGAUGUUGUGUUAGCAUAAAGUCCUUUAGAAGUGCUGGGAGGUGGAAACAGCUGGAAGAGACAAACUGUGUGAUGGUUUAUUAUGUACAGUGGAACCUUCAAAGUCCAAAGUCUGUUCUGUAACGCUGCUUGUUGGAAUUUUAACUAGGAUUGUAAUUAUCACAUGUGUGAAUGUUCCCAAACAUUCACACAUGUGAUCUUCUCCCUGCUGGCCCCACUUUGGACUGGACUCUCACUAUUAUGUUAGAUCCGCUCUGGACUGGACUCUCACUAUUAUGUUAGAUCCACUAUGGACUGGACUCUCACUAUUAUGUUAGAUCCACUAUGGACUGGACUCUCACUAUUAUGUUAGAUCCACUAUGGACUGGACUCUAUUAUGUUAGAUCCACUAUGGACUGGACUCUCACUAUUAUGUUAGAUCCACUAUGGACUGGACUCUCACUAUUAUGUUAGAUCCACUAUGGACUGGACUCUCACUAUUAUGUUGGAUCCACUAUGGACUGGACUCUCGCUAUUAUGUUAGAUCCACUAUGGACUGGACUCUCGCUAUUAUGUUAGAUCCCCUAUGGACUGGACUCUCACUAUUAUGUCAGAUCCACUAUGGACUGGACUCUCGCUAUUAUGUUAGAUCCACUAUGGACUGGACUCUCACUAUUAUGUUAGAUCCACUAUGGACUGGACUCUCACACUAUUAUGUUUGAUCCACUAUGGACUGGACUCUCACUAUUAUGUUAGAUCCACUAUGGACUGGACUCUCACACUAUUAUGUUUGAUCCACUAUGGACUGGACUCUCACUAUUAUAUUAGAUCCACUAUGGACUGGACUCUCACACUAUUAUGUUAGAUCCACUAUGGACUGGACUCUCACUAUUAUGUUAGAUCCACUAUGGACUGGACUCUCACUAUUAUGUUAAAUCCACUAUGGACUGGACUCUCACUAUUAUGUUAGAUCCACUAUGGACUGGACUCUCACUAUUAUGUUAAAUCCACUAUGGACUGGACUCUCACUAUUAUGUUAGAUCCACUAUGGACUGGACUCUCACUAUUAUGUUAGAUCCACUAUGGACUGGACUCUCACUAUUAUGUUAGAUCCACUAUGGACUGGACUCUCACUAUUAUGUUAGAUCCACUAUGGACUGGACUCUCACUAUUAUGUUAGAUCCACUAUGGACUGGACUCUCACUAUUAUGUUAGAUCCCCUAUGGACUGGACUCUCACUAUUAUGUUAGGUCCACUAUGGACUGGACUCUCACUAUUAUGUUAGAUCCCCUAUGGACUGGACUCUCACUAUUAUGUUAGGUCCACUAUGGACCUGGUUCCUGGUUUUCCAAAGCCCUAUUUCCACCCUUUUUUGUGGCGACCACUCCUUCCACAUUUUUCAACCCACUUCAACUGUUCCACCGUCUAAACAUUCUUCUUAAUUAGGACAAAAAAAAAAAUCCAUCCAUCCAUUUUCUACCGCUUAUGUAGUUGUUUUUAUAGCUAGAAAAAUUCCCAGUUUUCCAUGAAUUCUGUAAUACCAUUUUUCAUUUCAACAUGUUGCUACUUCAAUAUUUUUUGACCGAUUUGAAAAAUUUCAACACCAACCAUUUCAACUCAUUCAACCUUCUUACUAUCAUCAAAACAUUUCCAGAUUUUCCCGAAGUUAUUUAAAACGAUUUACUACUUCAACAUUUUUUGAUCGAUUUAAACCAGUGGUCCCCAACCACCGGGCCGUGGCCCGAUUGGUCCCCGGGCCGCGGAAGAAUUUUUUAUUAAAAAAAAAAAAAAAAAAUUUUUUUUUUUUUUUUAAUUAAAUCAACAUAAAAAACACAAUAUACACUUACAAAUAGUGCACCAACCACAAAAAAAACUCCCCUUUUCGUGACAAAAACGUCCCUUUUUCAUGACAAAGAAGGAAAAACAAAAAAGAAAAAAAAAAAAGGACACCCCCCGGGCCGCGGGACAAAUUAUUAAGCGUUGACCGGUCCGCGGAUACAAAAAGGUUGGGGACCACUGAUUUAAACAAUUCCAACGCCAACCAAUUCAGCUCAUUCAUGCUCCUAAUAAACAUUUUCUAAAAAAAAAAAAACACUUCCCAAAUUUCCAGGAAGUUCCCAUUGAAAUGAAUGAAACAUUUUUCAAAGUUGCACAAUCCCCACAUUUUUCAAGCUAUUCAAACCAUUCCAACAUCAACACAUUCCACUCAUCCUGGACAUUCAAACUAACACUUCCCCAAGUUCCAAAACACAUUCCGGUUUUCCUGAAAAUUCAAACUAUUCAACAUUCAAACUUUUCUUACAUUCUGUCAGCUUUUCACUUCAACUCCAGCUUUGCAGCAUUCACACGCAAUUCCUUCAGGAAUUGCCUCAUUUAGUUCUGAUUAGAUUUCUAUUCGGUUUAUUUCAAUAAAAGUUAAAUGAGAGUAGCUAAUAAAAUUGUACAAAAUU